AGCCCAUGGACCCUGGCUGUCAUCAGGUUCAACCUCAUAUUCAACUGCUGGGCCUUGUCUUCUCACCACACACUCUCUCGAAAUCAGCGAUGGUGGGGAACUGAGAAGCCAGAAGCCAUUGUGGAAGAACUCCAAGAAAAAAAAUUUCCAGGUUAUCACAUCUACAGGCUGAGCAAGAUUUGAGGCUGGAAAGAGGUGGAUCCCAGAAUUAGAAGAAGGAAUGAUGACAUCUAAGCUAUCACUGGGCAUAUCAAGGACUUCACUAAAUUAGCAGGGAGAAGUGAAAUGACAACCUCACUAGAUACGGUUGAGACCUUUGGUCCCACAUCGUACGAUGAUGACAUGGGCCUGCUCUGUGAAAAAGCCGAUGUCGGAGCACUGAUAGCCCAGUUCGUGCCCCCGCUGUAUUCCCUGGUGUUCAUGGUGGGCCUCUUGGGCAACGUGGUGGUAGUGAUGAUCCUCAUAAAAUACAGGAGGCUCCGAAUUAUGACCAACAUCUACCUGCUCAACCUGGCCAUUUCGGACCUGCUCUUCCUCUUCACCCUUCCGUUCUGGAUCCACUAUGUCAGGGAGCAUAACUGGGUCUUCAGCCAUGGCAUGUGUAAGGUCCUCUCGGGGUUUUAUCACACAGGCCUGUACAGCGAGAUCUUUUUCAUAAUCCUCCUGACGAUUGACAGGUACCUGGCCAUUGUCCAUGCUGUGUUUGCCCUUCGAACCAGGACUGUCACUUUUGGUGUCAUCACUAGCAUCGUCACCUGGGGCCUGGCAGUGCUAGCAGCUCUUCCUGAAUUUAUUUUCUAUGGGACUGAAGAGUUGUUUCCAGAGACUCUUUGCAGUGCUAUUUACCCACAGGAUACAGUAUAUAGCUGGAGGCAUUUCCACACUCUGAGAAUGACCGUCUUGUGUCUCGCUCUCCCUCUGCUCGUUAUGGCCAUCUGCUACACAGGAAUCAUCAAAACGCUGCUGAGGUGCCCCAGUAAAAAAAAGUACAAGGCCAUCCGGCUCAUUUUUGUCAUCAUGGCUGUGUUUUUCAUUUUCUGGACACCCUACAAUGUGGCUAUCCUUAUCUCUACCUAUCAAUCCGUCUUAUUUGGACUUGACUGUGAACGGAGCAAGCAUCUGGACCUGUUCGUGCUGGCGACGGAGGUGAUCGCCUACUCCCACUGCUGCGUGAACCCAGUGAUCUACGCCUUUGUUGGAGAGAGGUUCCGGAAGUACCUGCGCCACUUCUUCCACAGGCACGUGCUCAUGCACCUGGGCAAAUACAUCCCAUUCCUUCCUAGUGAGAAGCUGGAAAGAACCAGCUCUGUCUCUCCGUCCACAGCAGAGCCGGAACUCUCUAUUGUGUUUUAGGUCAGAUGCAGAAAAUUGCCUAACGAGGCAAGGACCAAGCAGAUGAAGCAAACAGAUUAAGCCUCCCACACUCACCUCUGGAACAGUCCUUCAAACUUCCAGUGCAGCACCGAAGCUCUUGAAGACACUGAAAUAUACACACAGCAGUAGCAGUAGAUGCAUGUACCCUAAGGUCAUUAUCACAGGCCGGGGGUUGGGCGGUGUACUCAUCAUCAACCCUAAAAAGCAGAGCUUUGCUUCUCUGAAGAGUUACCUACAUUUUAAUGUACCUGAUGUUAAAUAGCUACAAAAACGUAAAAGUUUUUAUAUUUUAUACGUUAACUUCAGCCAGUUAUUGAUAUAAAUAAAACAUUUUCACACAAUA